GUAUGCGUGGGACGUUGUACGCGCGAUCUCUCGUAGAACCGGGAUUCGCCGGCGCUGGUCCCCACGAAAAAUGCAGCGUUCGCGACGAGCGAGCACGCACGACGAGACGUCACGAGGACGACGAGGUGCGUUAGAGGACGACGCGCGACGUCGACGACGGCGAGGCCCGGCCGUCGAUCGGCAGCAGGAGGGAGCGUUCUGUGUGGAAACGCGCGUUCUUCUCUAAACGCGCGCGCGCGUGUGCUCCGCGCGCGUACGGGCGGAUUCCGCGCAUACCAAAGCCGCUGGUCCCCGGUUUCCCCGCGAGCGGUGGCGGCGGCGGCGAACGGCUACACAGCGCAGUGCGGCGCGGCGCGGCGGCGGUGGCGGCAGCGUGUCCGGAUCGAGAGAGUGAUUUUUGCGAUCGCCGCUCUCGUCAAUGACACGCGCGGAAUGCGCUGAGCGAGCGCGCGAUCCCACGCUGCGCUAUACGCGCCGACAUUGUUACACGCGUAUAUACAGGAGGACCGGAGAGUGCAUUGAUGAAAGUGAAAUAAAAAAAAGACUGCCAGACAUUCCAAAUGGGCGAUAAAAGCCCAUUAUGGCCCAGUGUCAUCAGUCGCAACAUCAGCACGAAUUUUUGCCCCUGUGCGACGUACUGUUCAACAUUAUUUCGUUAGCAUCAUACUUCUGCGAUGUUGUAUUCGACCUUGCGAUGGUCUACGCCCUUGCCCAUCAAGCAAUAGCACCGCCCGUAUUGUUUCCGCUGAGCGUCACUCUCAUAGCGACUUCUCUGCUGAUUUCUCAAAUCAUUAGCUUAAGAUGGUAUCUCUGGGGAGCUAGAGGCAAAUUGACAAACAACAACGCGCCGGAUGAGUGUGAUGCGAGUCCAGUUAAAAAAAUAGGCAACUGGACGGUAGGCUGUGUUCUGCUACUCCAUUCUACCCAAGUCGGCGUACUAUGGAGAUACUUCAAGUUAUUUAUCCCAGUCAACUUAACUUAUGUAAAACACGAGGUACGGGAGCUCUGCGUAUUACGACUGAUACACGCGUUCUGUGAGGCCGCACCGAUGCUACUUCUGCAGCUGUAUCUGCUGUUCAUCGGCGUUACCGAUGACGGUGAGACGACAGAUGCUGGGAAACCAAAGGACAGCGACGGCAAGGACGGCAGUAAAUUAGCCAAGCUGACGGCGGUGUCGGCGGGACUCUCGUUGUGGAGCGUGUGUUGGGCGGUGGCGAGUUUCAGUAAGGGUGCCGCGCGUCUGCGAAAUCUUGAACGCUUAGUGCUAACAUGGUUGGGAGUGCUGGCGCAAUUAGCCUGGCGGCUCGGGACAGUGAGUGCUCGCGUCGGAGCGCUGGUCGUGUACGCUUCGCUGUACGGCGGACAGUGGCUGCUGAUCGUGAUGGCCCUGCACUGGCUGUCCAUGCUGACGUGGUUGCUGCUGACGCCGGACGGACUAUUUCACGGUGGCGAGCGUCUUCCUCUGGUCAGGAAGACAUUCCUCGCCUCCCUGCUCGCUUUUGUGUAUAUAUUUGCGUAUGUUAAUCUACACGAGACGAAUCAUCGUCAGAAAAUGGUAAUAUUUUACACCGUGAUGUUUCUGGAGAACAGCCUGCUCAUCGGGGUGUGGGUGGCAGGUGUUAAUCGUACCGAUCUGUUGCCCCACCAGCAUCAUCUGCAUCCGGUCACUCUGGUGCUCAUUCUCCUGGCUCUGUUCUUUGGUGGCAUGUUCUUCAUGGGUCUCUAUUACAGAUUUUUUCACGUAAGAAGACUGAGGUACGAAGCUGGCGGAAGGAUGACCGGCUCGAAUCUCACAACAUUAACAAAUCAGGACAAUGCGGAAGAGAAACAGAUAGAUUACAACGAAGAGAAGAAGAUCAACAUUAGCAUCGGCAUGAGGAAAGUCAAGCUGAGUAAUGGCGGUAUACCGGGCGUGUUCAAUUGCCGUUUCGCGAACCCGACAGCCGCGAAUCCGAAUCGUAAGAAAAAGAAGCCGACGACUUUCGUGCCGCCGCCGCCGCCGCAGUCGCAAACGGGCACGGUGCUCGGUUCCGUGACGACGGUGGGAGAUUCGAAGCAGUGGCUCAACGUCGCCAAUGGCUCCCGGCAGUUGAUCCCGUUCUGGAAGAAGCCCAUAUCUUCCUCCAACGCGCAGAACGACAACUCCAACGAGCGGAAGGACGAAUCCGAUAUGGCGGUGGCCGGCGGCGGCUCGUUGAACGUCACACUGAUACGGGAGAAACUGAAGGAGAAGAAGCAGCAGCAGUUGCGCGAAUUACGGGCAAUCCAGGAGGAGAUCAAGGAGGGCAAAUUAUUCCCUCCACCGUCCGCCAACACGUCCUCCUUCUCGACCUCGCCCUCGGCCUCCAAUCAGCAACCACCGCCGAACACGAAGCUGCACACGUCUCCGAGCUCGCCGUUGUUCACGUCUCCGCCGUCGUUCUCCGAGCAAAAUGGCGGCGGCGUGUUGUCGUCCUGGCCGCCCGUGAAGAUGCACUGUCUCCUACCCCCGCCGCCCUCCUCCCCGUAUUACCACAACCCGCAUCCCUCGAAUGCGUGGAGGGCGGCGCCGCAAAGAGAGCGAGCGGACACGCCGGAGAUACUGCUGGCGCCGCGGUGCCUCCCGCAUCAUUAUUCUCACUGGUCGCCGCCCGGACAUCUUAGUCACAGACUGCACACGAAUCAAAACGGCGCCGAGGAAAGUUCCAAGGGCGAAGGCGAGGGAGAAGCGGAAAUUAGCGACAUGGAAGGCAGCCAGGUGUCGUUACCCAGAAGUUACACGCUUCCCCGAGAGUUCAAGUAUAAUCAUCCUAACAAUGUCGCGAGGGAACGAGAACGUCGCGUGGGAAACAACAAAGUGCCGCCGUCGCGUUUCUACUUGCCGUCCACCAAUAGUUCCGACGGCGAUGUGGACAGCGCCGACAACGAGGACGAGACGGAUUCCGAGGCGCAAAUUCGAACGAAGGUUAACCAUCACGGCCACAAUCACGACGAGGUCCUGCAAAGGCGCCACGUGUACGAGAACAACGAGGGGAACGGCCCUGCCGAUUGCAAUACUCAGUGCGGCGCGUCCAGCGUCAUGCUUAACAAUUGUUAUCCAAAUAAUUCGCACGGUGCCUUACGAUCGAAUCAGUUGUUCAGAACCCGCGUGAAGCACGAAACGAAACUUUGAGUCGCGUCGCCGCGUAAUCCGCAACUGUUGAUUCCUGCGACGCGCGUGUUCGGUGCACGGGAACUCCUCUCGGGAACCAAUCCGUCCAUUUGAAUGUUAACGGCAUAUAGCCCGUUAACUUUGCAAAAUAAAUAUAUCCUCCAACGUGGUAUACUUAAUUGUAUUUUAUAUGAUACGCCGACAUAUUGGUAUAUAUAUUUUUCUUUUCUCCGCAAGAGUUUUGACACGUAUUACUAUCGCGAUAUCGUAGAGUUUCGUUAAAUUUCAUCGUGGCGUUCCGCAUGUGAAACGCUGUGCAAACGCAGAAUCACAACGAAUAGGAUAUUUUCACGUGCAUUUGAAGGAAGGACAGAGUGGAUAGAGUGAACGAAUAAUAAGUGCCUUAAUUAAAAUCAAUAUCGCGAAUGUUUUAUACAUAAAGUUACCUGAAUAUACCAGAAAUCGAGAAUCGUACACUCCUUCAUACGUAUUCACAAAGGACAUGCGUAACGAUAAAUUAGUUGUAACGAAUUUAAGGUAUUUUACGCUAUUUAAAGAGAUAUAUUCA